AGUCUAGCGACGCGUGCGCGCAUAAGCGAACGUUGCUAUAAUAUACCCGCAAAAAUCGCUCGUUCUAAAUUUAAAUAAAUGAUGUAAACAAACCAGCCAGUGUUAUGUUCCGGCCAAAAAGUUUUCCGUGAGCGAUAAACUAGAAUGCAUUUGUUGUAGUGUGUUGAUCAUUUAAAAAAAUAAUUUAAAUGAAAUUCUUUUCUUUUGUUAGAGUGGUGAUAAAAAACGAUUUUGAAAUAAUUAUUUCAAAUUGUUGAAUGAUUGUCUCUUUCGAUAGGCGAGUGUUAUCGAUAAAACAAUGAAAUAAUUAAUUGUUGUUAAAGACAAAAGUGCUUACUUGUGUUAGUUUUAUAUAAAUAAUGAAGCAUCAAAAGACCUAGUGUUCGGAAAAAUUCUAGGACAAGUUUGUUAGCAGUAUUUUUUAUCAUUUUGAACGUAUGACUGUGGUUAAAGAGAUAAGAAGACCAAACAAAAACUUGUAAAGUAGAAUAUAAACUACAACAUAGCAUAAACGCAAUGAAAAUUGAAAAGGUGUAAAAACAAUUAGUGUGUUCGGAAUUUGUAGAAAAAUUGGUUAACAAUUUAAAUGUGUUGUGAACUAUGGAUCGAUUCGUACGCAAUUUUAAGGAGUGGACUGGUAUUGGUAGGAGACAGAACCCUGAGGUAGCGAGGAGUCAUUACUCGUUGGUGUCGACAACGGAACUGACUGCAGGCGCAGUUGAACUCUGGAACGGAUUGCCGCCUGAAGUCAAAUAUGACCCAUCCCUGGCAUCAUUGCAACAGCUCUACGAAAAAGAACAUGGUAAAGCGGACCUUCAAUCGAAAGCAAGAAACGGCGUGUCCAAGAAGCGUCUACCCUCCGUCAGUUCAGCUCCCCAUUUGAACAACAACAUAGUACGUCCAGAAGCCAAUGACAACCGAGACCAACAUGUCGGCAUCGAGAUUAAUACCAUCUGCAACGGUGAGCGCAACAUGCAUGACCAGACUACAAACAAAAAACCAUCAAAGAUGGUGCGAGCGAGAAGCUGGAUAAAGAUGACAAUGCUGUUGGCAUGUUGGGUUUUCUUCACUAUAGCAUUCAUAAUGUACAGUGAAAAGGUUGAAGAGACGCGAAACACAUUUGUGGCUCCAGGGGAGACUAAAAGUUACAUACUACAAAUACCAGAUAAUGAGCUGUCGCUGUUGUUGAAAUUAUCUGGACCGUUCGUGUCGGAACAGGCGGAAAGCAUGAAUAACUCAACAGAAGACAGAAUCCAAGUGUGGCUGGAGAGGUGGACGUUGAAGAACAAUGAAGGGACAAUAAAUGAGGAUAACGUUGGGAUAGUAGAGAAAAGUCAAGCCUGGUUUAUACUACUCCAACCAGACAAAGAACUGGACUUCAACACGGGAGAAGAAAGAACCCAAGUGCUAAGACUAACCUCCAAUAACACAGAAACUAAUCAGAGCAGUGUAUAUUCUUUACGGAUGCGAUCAACAGCUAUGCAAACCACGCCACUGACUAUGAAGUACACGGUGGACCCGCUAGAUAGCAGCACCGGCGUUAUAUACGGCUGCUUAUUGUUGUGUGCGUUAUACGGGCUGAUCAUUUUUGAGGUCAUAAACAGAACUAUGGCAGCUGUUAUUGUAUCCACGGCAGCAUUGGGAAUACUCUCGGUGGUUGGGGAGAGACCUUCGUUGCCGGAGCUGGUGUCCUGGUUAGACAUGGAGACUCUCCUGUUGCUGUUCAGCAUGAUGUUGCUCGUGGCCAUCAUGGCGGAGACGGGGAUGUUCGAUCGCCUAGCUGUUUAUACGUUUGAGAUAACAAAAGGGAAACUAUGGCCACUAAUUACUCUCCUAUGUGCAAUCACUGCGCUGGUGUCGACUGUACUUGAUAACGUCACCACCGUCCUAUUGAUGACUCCUGUCACGAUAAGGCUAUGUGAAGUGAUGGACCUAAACCCUGUCCCAAUAUUGUUAUGUAUGGUGUUCUACAGCAAUAUCGGUGGGACUGCAACUCCAGUCGGUGAUCCGCCCAACGUCAUCAUAGCUUCAAACAAAGCAGUAAUCCAAUCUGGCAUCAACUUCACUAACUUCACUCUGCAUAUGACUCUGGGCAUCAUGCUGAUCUGCAUACAGACAUAUUUCCAGUUAAGAUACAUUUAUAGAGAUACCAAUAAGCUCAGGCUGAAUGUGCCUAGAGAUAUACAAGAACUUCGUCAGCAGAUAACAAUAUGGCGUCGAGCGGCAGAUUCAUUGCCACAUUAUAGUAAAGACGAACACGUGGUCCGAGAGAGAUUGGAAAGGAAAGUUAUGAAGUUGAACAUUCAAUUGGAGAAACUGCAGAAAGAGAGUAAAAAGAGAGCCUGCCCAAAGGACACAUUUCAGAGCACAUUAGCCGAGAUGAAAGCGAAGUACAAGAUACGAGACAAGAAUCUCCUCAUCAAGGCUACAGUGGCAGUGACCUUCGUGGUUGUGUUAUUUUUUCUUCAUUCCAUACCUGAAUUAAAUCGUGUAUCCCUGGGAUGGACUGCGCUACUCGGUGCCAUACUGUUACUAACGUUGGCAGACCGCGAGGAUCUAGAACCAAUACUGCAUAGAGUGGAAUGGUCCACGCUGUUGUUCUUCGCGGCUUUGUUUGUUCUCAUGGAGGCAUUAUCCAAAUUGGGACUAAUAGAAUUUAUUGGCGGAGUCACCGAGUCUUUGAUCUUCAAAGUCGACGAGAAUGCUAGGUUGGCUGUGUCCAUUUUACUUAUGUUAUGGGUAUCAGGGCUAACGUCUGCUUUUGUGGACAAUAUUCCUCUAACCACCAUGAUGGUUAGGAUAGCUACCUCACUGGGUUCUAAUCCUAAUCUCAACUUACCAAUGGCGCCGCUAAUCUGGGCACUGUCUUUCGGAGCCUGCUUGGGAGGUAACGGCACUUUGAUAGGUGCCAGUGCAAACGUCGUAUGCGCUGGAGUGGCGGAACAACACGGCUACAGAUUUACGUUCAUGGAGUUUUUCAAAGUCGGCUUUCCAGUCAUGAUCGGCCAUCUUAUUGUCGCGACUGGUUAUCUUCUCCUGUCUCAUUGUGUUUUUACUUGGCAUUAAUUUUUGGUGUUAUUCUCGUGUGGCACUAAAGAUUUGAUGUUAUGUUCGUAUGGCACUAAACAUUCUUCUCUCAAUGUGACACUAAAGUAGGCGUUAUAUUUUCACACAGCAAAGUGAACUGUUGUAAUGCUCUUUUAAAGCACUGCUUAGGUUUAGUAUUAAUUAAAUUGUCCCUCCCCUUUUAGUGAAUUUUGAGUGACAAAAAAUAUUGAUUUUGUCACUCAAAAUUCCGUCACGGGAUAUAAUAGCAGGUAUAUUAUUUUAUUAAAGACAGCCUCGAACUCUACGUCGAGCUAAUCGUUAUAAUAGCACCAGGCUUCAAUAAAAUAAAACCUUUAUAACCUACUUUUGUAGAUUUUAUUUAAUUGAAUUGAAUGAUUUUAUUAAAUUGGCAGUGUUGCGCAUAAAGUUCUAUUCUGUUUUUAUUACUCACAGACUUGCACUGCAGUACCCAUGCUUGUAAUAUAAUAUUUAGGUCAUAUCCUGAAAAAUAUUUUGUUAAUUCCCAAUAUUUUUAUUUUUUAAAUUUCAGCAAGAAACAGGAGUUGUUAAUAAUAAAAAAAAAGUUAUAUAAAACAGUUGUAACUUUGCCUACCUAUUGUUAUUAUGUUUAAUUUUUAAAUGAGUAAAGCGUAAUGUGAUAAUUUUAUGUCAUU